AUGAACUUGUCCAGGGUCGUAGUGCGCUCAUUAUUUGUGAAUGGGACGAUAUUAAGACCCUUCGGGAGCCGGCUUCCUAUGCUGGCUUUGAGGGCCAGAAAAACGUGGAAUCAAAAAAACCUCUACUCUACAACCCCAAAUGCUGGCAAGCCUUCAAAUGCAACGCUGGGAGCCAGUGAAGCUUUUGGGACAAAUAGCAGCGAAAAUUCUGUUGACAACCAGCCAGUUACUCAUGCGCUGCUGGCCCAGAAGGAGCAGCUUGCAAACAAGGAGCUUAAUAACGCAUCUGCACAAUCAGAAUUCUAUAAGCUGCUUCUGAAGUCUAAUUACCCACAGUACGUUGUUUCAAGAUUCGAGACACCUGGCAUUGCCUCUUCUCCAGAGUGCAUGUCUCUGUAUAUGGAAGCACUGCAGAAAACGGGAAGACACGCUGACGCUGAAGGUGUCAGGCAGACCCUCAUUGGAGCAAGUGCCGCUCAAGGAGCAGGUGCAGCGUCCGGUGCUGAAUACGCCAAACAAGCAUCCUCCGGGUCCCUCGGUUCCGUUGGUUAUAAUCCCUUCAUCGGCUCAAGAAAAGAGCCUUUGCAUGUCGUUGUCACCGAAUCUACUUUCACUAUAGUAUCCAGAUGGAUCAAAUGGCUGGUAGUUUUCGGCUUGGUCACAUACGGCCUUUCAGAGGGCUUCAAAUACAUAACUGAAAACACCACACUGUUGAAGUCAUCCGAGGUAGCAGACAAAUCCGUCGAUGUUGCCAAAACCAAUGUGAAGUUCGAUGAUGUCCGAGGCUGCGAAGAAGCCCGUGCCGAGCUGGAGGAGAUUGUCGAUUUUUUGAAGGACCCCACCAAGUACGAGUCAUUGGGCGGCAAGCUUCCCAAGGGCGUUCUUUUGACCGGUCCUCCCGGUACUGGUAAAACUCUGCUAGCGAGAGCAACAGCAGGGGAAGCAGGUGUAGACUUCUUUUUCAUGUCAGGGUCCGAAUUUGACGAGGUUUAUGUGGGUGUUGGCGCCAAGCGAAUUCGUGAGUUGUUUUCUCAAGCUAGAAGCCGUGCUCCGGCCAUCAUUUUCAUCGAUGAGUUGGAUGCCAUUGGAGGAAAGCGUAAUCCAAAAGACCAAGCAUAUGCAAAGCAAACCCUGAAUCAGCUACUAGUGGAACUAGACGGCUUUUCUCAAAGUAGCGGGAUAAUCAUUAUUGGUGCUACCAAUUUCCCGGAAUCGUUGGAUAAAGCCUUAACUAGACCUGGUCGUUUCGACAAAGUUGUCAACGUCGACUUACCCGAUGUUCGUGGCCGUGCCGAUAUCUUGAAGCAUCAUAUGAAAAAAGUAACGCUAGCUUCGGAUGUUGACCCCACUAUUAUCGCUAGAGGUACACCAGGUCUCUCUGGUGCAGAGCUCAUGAAUUUGGUAAAUCAGGCCGCCGUUUACGCAUGCCAGCAAAACGCGAUCGCUGUUGAUAUGAAUCACUUUGAAUGGGCAAAGGAUAAGAUACUGAUGGGCGCUGAGAGAAAAACCAUGGUUUUGACCGAAGCAUCGAGAAGGGCCACAGCUUUCCAUGAAGCUGGACAUGCCAUCAUGGCGAUGUACACACCAGGUUCCACACCUCUUUACAAAGCUACCAUCUUACCGAGGGGCAGAGCGCUAGGAAUAACUUUCCAACUGCCCGAGAUGGACAAGGUCGACAUUACCAAAAAGGAGUGUUUGGCUAGGCUCGAUGUCUGCAUGGGUGGUAAAAUAGCAGAAGAGAUCAUCUACGGAAAGGAAAAUACUACCAGUGGUUGCGGAUCUGAUCUACAAAGCGCUACCAAUACCGCCAGAGCCAUGAUAACACAAUACGGUAUGAGCGACAGUGUAGGUCCUGUAAACCUUGCCGACAAUUGGGAGAGCUGGUCGGGUAAAAUCCGUGACAUAGCAGAUAACGCAGUUAUUGAAGUGCUGAAAGAUUCUGAGGAGAGAACGAGGAAAAUGCUCUCUGAAAAACACAGGGAACUUGAGCGUUUGGCUGAGGGACUGAUGGAGUACGAAACGUUAGACUCAUCGGAAAUUCAAUUAGUAUGCAAAGGAGAAUCGAUCUCAAAAGCUAAGAUGAAAACGAACACGGUUGUGGAUGGACCUGACAGUGACGACAGGAAAGGAAAGGGCGACCAGUCCAAAAUCCCGGUUUUGAUCAAGGCUUGA